CGCAGGUCCGGUUGUUAUGGUGAAGCAUUUCCCCUGAGGGCUGGAGGAGCAGGAGCAGGGUCAGGAGCAGCAGUUGAUUCAGUUACACAGCCGCAGGAGCUACUACUGUCACUCAGCUCAACAGUUGCAGACAGAAGACGAUGCGGGACAAAUCAUUGAAACCUUGGUUCCCAGCUCAUGGCCUUUGAAGACCUGCCAAAAAGUGCACCAACAACAACAAGUUGACUUUGCAACAGUCUCCACUCAGCAUCAUGGGAUACCUGAAUCUUGUCACUGCAUUAACAAAGUAGGCCUUGUGUGAAUCUUGCAGGUGCCCCUUUUUAUUGUUGCCUAAACUCCCCAGUUCUUCCAACCUUGCGGAUUUGUCAUUUACUGCCAUCAUAUUCUCACCAUGGAUUCUCAAAGACUUGCCCCUCUGUUGGAUUCAAGUCGUGGCCACAGUCACUACCACUUUGGAUUCGAGGCUCAGAUGGAUCAUCCAACCUGGAGAAUAGUUUGACUCUGCAGUUCUAGCUCCAUCUUUGCAUUCUCUGUCUCUUUCCAUAAGUGGCCAAGUUACCAACAGUUGAUAUGGAUGGGAGGACUGACAGUUGGUUACAAAGCACAGCUUGGAUGAUAAGGUUUUGGACAUCUUUCUCUCUGAUUUUUUCCAUGGCGCGAUAAGAGUCUGUCAUCUGAAAGAUGGGAAAGAGACAUUGCAACCAUUUUCUGUGUUGCUUACUUCUGAAAUCAUGGAGAUAUCCGUCACCUGAUUGCACAACUUAAGUUCUUUUCUUUCAUCAUACUCUGGAUAUCAUUGUUGCUUGCUUGAUUUUUUCCCCCCAGAUAUUUACGUAUAAACUGCAGCAUCUGUCUGUGCUCUCCCACAGGCCCUAACGUAGGCCUGUUUGGCCUUACAGAGGGGCCUUUUUAAGAGGCACAAGGAGGUAUAAGAGACAUUUGGAAACCUGAAACUUUUAUUUAAUAUCUUUUUGGACUAAAAGAAACAAAGAGGAACAGAGAAGCGAAGCCAUCGGGGACAGGUCGUAGUGUUGUUGAGGCAUGGCAGCAGAGCACAGCGAGCUGUUGGCUGAGAUGUCCACAGUCGGACGUCUGAGUGCCACCGAGCGCCUGAAGCACGCCCAGAAGCGGCGCGCUCAGCAGCUGAAGGCAUGGGCGCAGAUGGAGAAGGAUGCAGCACGAGGGUCAAGGGCCAAAGCAGACAAGAAGAAGGCACGCACCACCAAAGUGACAUUCCCCAAAGCCGUCACCCUGCUAGAUGCAGCGGCACGCAAUGACCUGGAGGAGGUGAGGGAGCUGCUUAACAAUGGUGUCAGCCCAGAUCUGGUCAACGAGGAUGGACUAACAGCCCUACAUCAGUGCUGCAUUGAUGACUUUGUGGAGAUAGUGCAGUGCCUGCUGGACGCUGGUGCCUGUGUGAAUGCCUGUGACAGCGAGCUGUGGACACCGCUGCAUGCUGCCGCCACCUGUGGACACACUGGGUUGGUGCAGCUCCUGAUUCAGGCUGGGGCUGACCUGCUGGCUGUUAAUGCGGAUGGCAACAUGCCCUAUGACCUCUGUGAGGAUGAGGCCACCCUUGAGCUGCUGGAGAUGGUUAUGGCUGAACAGGGGAUAACUCAGGACCGUAUAGAUGAAUGUCGAGGGGCUAAAGAGGUGGCCAUGCUGGCUGACAUUCGGGCUCUGGUUCAGAGUGGAGCAGACUUGAAUGCACAGGACGCUAAUGGCACAACACUGCUCCAUAUAGCAUCUGCUAACGGCUACGUGUCCGUGGCGGAACUGUUGCUCGAGCACAGAGCUCAGGUGGAGGUGAAGGACUCUGAUGGCUGGACGCCGCUACACGCCGCCUCCUGCUGGGGACAAAUCCAAAUGGUGGAACUGUUGGUGGCCCAUGGAGCCAGUUUAAACGCCAAGUCUGUCCUGGAGGAGACGCCCCUGGAUGUCUGUAUGGAUGAAGAGGUCAGAGCCAAACUGAUGGACCUGAAGCACAAACAUGAUGCCAUCAUGAAGAGCCAGGACCGGCAGAAGGGCACACUGCAAAGACGAGCCUCUAGUACUGGCAGCAGAGGUAAGGUGGUGCGUCGUGUCAGUGUGAACGAGCGCUCCAGUCUGUACCGACGGGAGCACCACAAAGAGGCCAUGGUGUGGCAGGAGCGCGGCCGACAGCCAGAGCCACAGGACGAUGAUGAGGACAGGCAAACAGACAAUGAGCUGCACCAGCAUGCCACCAUGGUUGCUGGAGGUGGAGCCACGUCACGUUUAGAGGAACUGGAGGCUGCAGACAGGAAAAUUAUGUCCAGCCUAGGUAACGGAGGGACCUCUGUUUCUCUGGCCUCCUCUGUGCCUGGUGAGUUGUGGAGUGGUGGAGGUCUAAUGGAGCGCAGCGCCUCCUACCAGCUCAGCCCUGCAUCAGGAGCAGGGUUAGGGUCUGGGUCUGCGGAGGGAGAGGGGGCAGACAGUAUGACUCGGGAGAAAUCACACCACACCCUGGCUGACCUGAAACGCCAGAGGGCAGCUGCCAAGCUCAAUAAGUACCCAGCGCCUCCCCCGCCGCUGCCCCCUCCCUUAGAGGAGGAGCCUUCUGUCACAGCGGUUGAGGUGACACCCACUCAGGCCCAGCCAGAGCUCCAAAUCACCCCCGGUGCAGAGGAGGUAGCUUCCCCGAGCCAGGUGUACUUCACCCCAGCCAGUGGAGACCCCCCGCUGUUGAAACUCAGAGCACCUGAGGAGGACCAGUCUAACAAUAAGGAGCCUUGCUGUGGACUCAUGUAGACAGCCUGACACACACACACACACACACACACACACACUGCCUACAGAGUAGAGAAGCUGAGCAUUUUACACUCCAAAGUGGCAAAAUCUUUUCAAAUCAGACAUGCUUGAAUUGAAUCAUUGAAGACUGCAAGUUUAGGCCACCUGCCAAUGAGGGUUUGAUCUACACUGCAUCUCAGUGAGCUGAAGUGCAAUCUUUGUGCGUCUUUGCAUAUCUUUUUUUCAAAUCAAUACAAUACAGGCCUUUGCACACGAAGUCCAUUUUUUUGGAUGCACCUUGCACACUGAUUCUGAUGCCUUUUAUCAUUCUAUUCGUUGUGAAAAUUCGCAAUACAUGACAACAGAGACUCAUUUCCUCCUUUGCCUCUCUCCACUGGAGUCACCUAUCUGACCGUCACCACUCCCUCCCUGUCUUUCAUUUGGCACCGCAGCUGCAUGAAGGGGCGGAACUGUCCUCCACAUUCUGUGUGCGGUCCACACCCUCCUCCUCUUUAUCGUCACCCCCUGAAUAUUAUGACCUGAGCUGUUGAACACGACUCAUCUGAGUUAUGAAAUGAUUGUGUGCGCCCUGUUCCUCUGUCUUGUUGCAGCUGUGUCCCGCCGCCACGGACAAAAGUUUCGGCCCCAGUGUGCAAACAUAAUUGACACGCUGUGAAGUUGCAUUUAUUUUUAGACGUGUGACAAUUUCGGACGAAAAAAAAAAAAACGACUCGGUGUGCAAAGGCCUUUCACUAAAGGUCCUGGAUGUGUUGGAUGUCAGGUGUCCAUCUAGUGACUCAGAUCUAAAGAUUCCAGUUUUGCAAGAUUUACUUUCCUGAAUCUUUGUUCUUUACUUAAUUUAUCUCUCGUUCUAAAACUCAGCUGUUGAUGGACAUUUCAUUGAAAAGCCUUAGAAUCAUGUAAAAGUUGAAUGAUCCAGGUGAAGCUGAAUGAAAUAGCAGUUCAGGAUGAUUUGUUUUAAAUUAAGAAUGAGGUUCAAGUUCUGUUUCCUUUUCUGAGUGCUAUGAGGGGUACGUGAUCUACAUUUACACACACUUACAUUAUAAGCCAGAGGUUUUGUGUUGGUUGGGAGGUUGCUUGGUCAUGAUAUUUUCAGUUUAGCUACUCUGGAUUUACAUUUACACAAAGAUGAGAACAAGGACUGUUUCCUCACUUGAUUUUUUUUCUUCUUCUUGAACAGAAAGUACACUGCAAUUUUUUUUGUUACUUUUCCAAUGCACAGAAAAGCCUACAUUUCAAUAUUGUAAUGGUGCAAUUUGUAAAUUAAGUGUUUGUCUCUAAAAGACUAUGAGAUCAUCUAUAUUUAAAUCAGCUGAUAAUUUACCUAGCCCAUCAUUAUCACUUCUAUAUUUCUAUUUUUCUGUCAGUAUUUCUAUUUUUCUACCCUCUGAAAUGAAUCACAUCACUUAUUCUAUCUGAUCCUGAAUAUGGUUGACGGUGUACAGUUCAUUUUUUAAAGAUAAAAGCGUGAAGGCAAGAUAUUUAUCAAAGAUGAUAUAUAGUUUUGAUGUAAAACCAAGUAAGCUUGUCAUAUGAUAUUUUGUCAAAGGUUGGUGCCUUCUUUAGGUGGCAGAUUUGAUAUAGGUUUGCAACGCUUGCACAAAGUCCCACAUGUAAGUUUGGUGAGCAGUGGGAUAAAAUGAUCCAUCAGACAUGGACUCCAGCAUGGUGUGCUGUCAGUGCACUCUAAUUUCUGUAUUGCAUUUCAGUUUUGUUAGUGAUUUUUACUGAGCCCUGUUUAGAAAAACAAAACAUAAAAAACAUUAUGUUUUCACAAAUGAUUUUUGUAUUCAUUU